AUGCUGAGUUUCGCUCGGAGGGGUGUCGGCAGUUGCAGAGGAUCUCGCUGCUUUUCGACGAUCGGAUUCAUCGGUCUUGGCAACAUGGGUUCUGGUAUGGCGGCGAACCUUUUGAAGGCCCAACGCAACCUCGUAGUGUUUGACAAGUUCAAGGAUUCUCCUGGUGUGAAGGAAGCCGCGUCCAAGGGCGCUCGAGUGGCUGAAGAUCUCGAGGAGCUGUGUGGAUCGAGUGAAGUUAUCAUAUCUAUGUUACCAGGCACUCGGGACGUGGUGGAACUCUAUACUGCUACCAAUGGAGGGAUCCUAUCCCUGUUGGAGAAGUCGUCAUUCUUGAUCGACUGUUCUACUAUUGAUCCUAUUGCUGCCCAGCAUGUUAUUAGGAAGGCCCAAGAGCAGGGCCAUAGGAUGGUGGAUGCCCCGGUCAGUGGUGGAGUUCCGGCGGCUAAGGCUGGUACUUUAACUUUUAUGGUGGGAGCGGACACUCCUGAAGAUCUGAAGGCAGCUACGGAGAUCUUGAGUGCCAUGGGCAACCCGAAGCACUGUGGGGGCACAGGCUUAGGGCAGGCCGUGAAGGUCUCCAAUAACCUCAUACUUGCUGCUAGCAUGUUGGGAGUAGCUGAAGGCUUUCGACUCGCCAAGAGUCUGGGUGUUGACCCGAAAGUCUUUGCGGAGAUCGUGAACACCUCUACUGGACGCUGUUGGAGCUCGGACACCUACAACCCAGUGCCUGGUGUUCUGGAUAAGGACAUACCUUCUAAUAGGAGCUACUCGGGCGGUUUCAUGGUAGAUUUGAUGGUCAAAGAUCUUGACCUGGCUAAGGCAGCUGCGGAAGGCUGUGGUGCCGAGGUGCCUGUCGCGGCGUUCGCGAGAGAUGUUUAUGCUAGCGUUGGUGCUAAGGGACAUGGCAGGAAGGAUUUCAGUUGUGUUUAUGAGUACUUUGGAAAGGAGUGA